GUGCCGCGGCGCGGGGCGCGGGGCGGCGAGGCGGCGAGGCGGGGCCCCUCCCCCUGCAGCCUGGCGCGCGCCGGCCGGGCCGCACCGCUGCGGGCUCCGCGCGCGCGGGCCAUGUCCGCCUUCUGCCUGGGCUUGGCCGGCCGCGCUUCAGCACCCGCCGAGCCGGACAGCGCCUGCUGCAUGGAGCUGCCCGCCGCGGCCGGGGACGCAGUGGGGAGUCCAGCUGCCGCCGCCCUCAUCUCCUUCCCCGGGGGUCCCGGGGAGCUGGAACUGGCGUUAGAGGAGGAGCUGGCGCUGCUGGCGGCCGGGGAGCGGCAGUCCGACCCCGGGGAGCAUCCUCAGGCCGAGCCCGGGCCUCCGACCGAAGGGGCCGGACCGCAGCCGCCGCCCGCCCAGGAUUCCGAGCUACUAUCGGUGAUCCGGCAGAAGGAGAAGGAUCUGGUGUUGGCGGCCCGGCUGGGCAAGGCGCUGCUCGAGAGGAACCAGGACAUGAGCCGGCAGUACGAGCAGAUGCACAAGGAGCUGACCGACAAGCUGGAGCAUUUAGAACAAGAGAAACACGAACUAAGGAGGCGAUAUGAGAACCGAGAAGGGGAAUGGGAAGGGCGAGUGUCAGAGUUGGAGAGUGACGUGAAGCAACUACAGGAUGAGUUGGAGAGGCAGCAGGUUCAUCUGCGGGAAGCCGAUCGUGAAAAAACACGGGCUGUCCAGGAGCUAUCAGAACAGAACCAAAGGUUAUUGGAUCAACUAAGUAGGGCAUCAGAAGUUGAGAGACAGCUCUCCAUGCAAGUCCAUGCCCUCCGAGAAGACUUUCGGGAGAAAAACUCGUCCACCAACCAGCACAUCAUCCGGCUUGAGAGCCUUCAGGCUGAGCAGGUUCUUGAAAUCAAGAUGCUGUCCGAUCAGAAACGGGAACUGGAGCAUCGCCUCAGCGCCACCUUAGAGGAAAAUGACCUGCUCCAAGGGGCCAUGGAGGAGCUGCAGGACCGUGUGCUGAUCCUGGAGAGGCAGAGCCAUGACAAAGACCUGCAGCUGCAUCAAAGCCAGCUAGAGCUCCAGGAGGUGCGACUCUCCUACAGACAGCUGCAGGUGAAGGUAGAAGAACUCACGGAGGAGAGAAGUCUGCAGAGCUCUGCUGCCACCAGCACUUCCCUCCUGUCAGAGAUGGAGCAGAGCAUGGAGGCCGAGGAGCUGGAGCAAGAGAGAGAACAGGUGUCACCAUCCCCGGCACUCCGACACCUGAGGCUGCAGCUCUGGGAAGCUUACUGCCAGGUGCGCUACCUCUGCUCGCACCUCCGAGGAAACGACAGCGCCGACUCUGCCGUGUCCACCGACUCCUCGAUGGAUGAGUCUUCAGAAACUUCGUCCGCCAAGGACGUGCCGGCUGGCAGCUUGCGCACCGCCCUCAGCGAGCUCAAGAGAUUGAUACAGAGCAUCGUGGACGGCAUGGAGCCCACGACCUCCCGGAGAAUUGACGAUGACUCCUUAGAAGAACAGAUAAGGCAGACCAGUGAGGACUCGAGAGCCCUAAGGGAACUCAUGGAGGGAGAGAGGGGUAAAUUGAGGCAGAGCCUAGAAGAACUGCAGCAACUCCACAGUCAGGUGACGCUGCUGAGUGUCGAGAUGACGGCACUGAAGGAGGAGAGAGACCGACUCAGGGUGACCUCUGAGGACAGGGAGCCAAAGGAGCAGCUUCAGAAGGCCAUCAGGGACCGGGACGAGGCUAUUGCCAAGAAGAAUGCCAUGGAGCUGGAACUUGCCAAGUGCAAGAUGGACAUGAUGUCUCUGAAUAGCCAGCUGCUGGAUGCCAUUCAGCAAAAACUGAACCUCUCGCAGCAGCUUGAGGCUUGGCAGGACGACAUGCACAGGGUCAUUGACCGGCAGCUGGUGGACACACAGCUGAAGGAACGGAGCCAGCCUUCUUCCUUCUCCAGGGGCCACGGAGCAGGGCGGGGGGACGAGCCCGGCAUAACUGAAGGCAAACGACUCUUCUCAUUCUUCAGGAAAAUUUAAGUCGGGAGGAGUCAGGCCACUGAGGAUGGGUGGCCUGGAGGCAGCUGAAGGAGGGGAGGCAGGCGAGGGCCCUGCAGUGUUUCCACUUGGUGGCCUUCUAGGCAUGCCCGGGGCCUCAGCAGCCCACCAGCACCCUCAGUGCUGAGUCCGACUCAGGAGAGUCCCAGAUCCCUUUGUGGUCAGGGAUGGAGACUUGGAGGGAGAGGUAGGGGUAGCCUGUCUUAGCCUUUGGAAGGUGCCCUCGCCAUCCCCACAUUGCACAGGGACCUCUCGGCUGGACUGUGCCACUCAGACCCAGCUGAGGGACCCACUCCCCUCCCACCCCUCAGGGGCCCCAGUGCCCACCCCCAGGCACUGCUGCCAGGCCCGUGUUUUGGAACCUGAGGGAGUAGGAAGUAGAGGCUUCUCUGCGUGCCUCAGGCUGUGGCCCAUCCCCGGCUGGCCUGAGCCUCGGCAGCCUAGUCCCGCAAGGCACCAGGCCCAGGCCUGAGCCUCGUUCCCUCCUGGCCCCUGGGACUUGGGAGGACGGGAAGGAGGCAGCUCUCACCCAGUACAUGUGGCUGCCUCAGGCACCUCUGGGCAGGGGGCUGAGCCCACGGCAGCCAGUGGGGCCCAAGUGCUGGGGCUGCUAUCUCUCCGUCAGCCCCAGCAAGCUCAGGCCAGGCUUGGUGGAAGCCGUCCCUCAAAGCCCAGGGAGGAAGAAGGGCCUGGUUUCCCAUCACCACUGCAGCCCUUACCCUGGUGGGGGGUGGGCCAGGCAGAGCUCUCUCCUGGGUCCUCUCCAAGGGCCCAGGGUAGGAGGGGCCUCAGCCUUCUCCCACAGCCUGCCUGCCCCCCGCAGGCAACUUCUUGGCCCAGCCAAGCAAGCCUAGGCCACAGAAUGGCCCCAGAGGGAUCUGUGAUCGGCCACCUCCACUGCGAGGGCAGCACUGGCCCCCCAGGGAGGAGGGGGUGCUGUGUCAAAGCCCUGGCCAUGGGAGUUCUGUGGCUCCAGAUGCUGCCCAUCAGGCCCACAAAGAACAGUGCUGCAGCCCGCUGCUUCUGCCCCUUCUCAGCGGCCACACCACAUUCUCUGCCGAGGCCCAGCUCCGAGAGGCUCUGCGGGCUGAGAGCCACCUGCAAGCUGCUGGACACUGACUCAGUCUCCCUCACUCACGGGAAAAGCACAGCAGGGAUGAGUGGAAAGAAUGUACUUAUAGAUAUGUACAUACAACAGUGCUGUAAUUUUUGUAUGUAGCAAUCAUGUAAAUACAUGUAUGGAUUUUAUAAUAUACAUAUUCUAUAUAAAUCUAUAAAGGCAUAUUUUUAGAAAAACAGCACACCACUGCUUCUUUUGAAAAUAGUCUGAAUAAGAAUAAAAUGAAUUUCUACAGAGCUUCU